AUGUCCGAUCCAAUUGUUCACUUCAAUGGCAGUAACGAAGCUCUCCUCAACAGAAUCAAGGAAGCUCCAGGUUUAGUUCUUGUUGACUUCUUCGCAACGUGGUGCGGUCCAUGCCAACGCCUUGGCCAAAUCCUUCCAUCCAUUGCUCAAAAUAACAAGGAUGUCACAUUCAUCAAGGUUGAUGUCGAUCAGAACGGCAAUGCAGCUUCUGCUUUCGGAGUCUCCUCAAUUCCAGCUCUCUUCUUCAUGAAGAAGGAAGGAAAUGAUGUCAAGACAUUAGAUCAGUUUGUUGGUGCUGAUGUUGCCCGCAUCAAAGGCGAUAUCGAAAAAUUCAAAUAA